CACUCUCAGCUCAAUUCCAUUCCCGAUUAAUGCAGGGAAACAACAGAGCUUAGCGGAAGUUGGUGACGGGGCUAGCUCUCCUAUAAUUGUAUCAAACAACACGUCCUUUUACCCCGCAAUCCACCCCCACAUCAUCGCGAUUCACCAACUACUAUACUAAUAAUUAAGUCGCCAUUCAAAACGAAAAGAACCGCAAAAAUGGCUAUUCCGAUCGUAGAUUCUCACAUUCAUCUUUUCCCCAAAUCCCACCUCUCAACUCUCGCCUGGUAUGGGCCCGAAUCUCCACUAGGGUCCCAGCACUCAAUCGACGAGUACCGUCUCGCGACAUCUUCAGCCUCCACUAUCCCAGAGACCGCUGACUCGACCUAUCUCCGCGGCUUCAUCUUCCUUGAAACAGAUCGCAUCUCUUCCGUCGAGGAAACUGGAAAAGGCUGGUCUCACGCUCUAGAUGAAGUCUCGUUGCUCACGAGAAUCAUAACCGGAACCCCUAUUCAGGGUGAGGGCCAUCGCGAUGUAGAUCAAGAUCUCUGUCUGGGGGUUGUUCCGUGGGCGCCUGUACCCGGAGGUUCUACUGCGCUGCAGAAGUAUAUGGGCCUUGUGAGGGAACGGACGAAGACAGAGGGUGUGUGGAAGAAGAUCCGGGGCGUGAGGUAUUUGGUUCAGGAUAAGCCGAGGGGUGUUAUGCUGGAGGAUGGUGUUGUUGAGGGGCUGAAGUGGCUUGGGAAAGAGAAGUUGGUUUUUGAUCUGGGGGUGGAUGCGAGACAAGGUGGGCUUUGGCAGUUGAGGGAGGCAGUUGAAAUGAUGAAGAGGGCUUAUGAUGGCGUAGAGGAGGCCGACAAGGUUGUGAUUGUGAUUAAUCAUCUUUGUAAGCCAAAUCUCCGGCUACCUGAUGCAUCGCCCGCCUCGGUAACUACACACCCUGACUUCCUGGAGUGGUCGUCUCUGGUUACUGCGAUGGCGCAGUAUCCUAGGACGUAUAUGAAGCUUUCUGGUGGGUUCUCUGAGCUACCGCCGCUUUCCUCACAUGCUGAGCCCGAUAUGGCUUCUAUCGUGGAGAGAAUUCGUCCUUGGACUGAUGUCGUCUUUGAUGUCUUUGGUGCCGAGCGAGUGAUGUUUGGAUCUGACUGGCCAGUCUGCAAUGUUGGAGGAGGCGGCAACGAAGUCUCCUGGAGACGCUGGACGAGUGUAGUUGAGAACAUGUUAGAGCAGAGGAGAUUGACCGAUGAAGAGAAGAGGGGCGUAUGGGGUGGAGUUGCAGUGAAAGCAUAUGGGGUCGAAAUUUAAUCUAAUCUAAGAGCCCUGGUAGUAUAUACACUAUCUAUCAUGAUGAGAUAUACCAAUUCCAAUCUAUACAUUAUAUUCUCA